CAAUAAAGGGCUAAUCAAUUAUUAGCCAUUUAAUUUAUUCCUCAAACAGUAACUUAACCGCUGCAAAAAUAAGCCGCUGUAAAUAGACGCAAAUCCUGUAAAUCAGUUCGCACCAGUCGGCGCCCCAUAAGCUAAAGCGCAUGACUGUGUGUGCCUGCGUGGGAAAUCACAUAUCACCGAUCAAUGGAAGUUAACCAAGACAAACCCGCCUGACUGUCAGUGCGUGGACGUCUGUAGCCUGCGGACCGCGGAUGUUGAUUUCGCUGACCUCCAGGCUUUAUAUUCAAAGUCUUUAAGGACAACCAUUUGUGAUUCCAGCGACCUUUGACUCUUGACUCCAAAGCAGUGAUGGGACGUAAACUGGACCUGUCUGGUCUGAGCAAUGAUGAAGCAGAGCAUGUGCUCAGAGUGGUACAGAGAGACAUGCACCUCCGUAAGAAGGAAGAGGAGAGGCUCAGUGAAGUGAAGCAGGAGCUGGAGGAGGAGGGUAGUCGCUGUUUGCUUCUGUCCAAGCAGCACAAGUUCAAUGAGCACUGCUGCAUUCGCUGCUGCUCUCCCUUUACCUUCCUGCUCAACCCCAAGCGCCCGUGUCUGGACUGCCACUACAACGUCUGCAAAUCCUGCCGCACCUACAGUCAGAGCGAGAGGGGCUAUAUCUGCGCCGCCUGCCAAAAGAGCAGGCUAUUGAGGACACAGUCCCUAGAAUGGUACUACAAUAAUGUGAAGAGUCGGUUUAAGAGAUUUGGCAGCGCCAAGGUGCUGAAGACCCUCUACAGGAAACACAUCAUUGAAAGAGGAGCAUUAUCUGAGUUACCAGAGGUGAGUGCUCAAGAAGGCAGUAAUGAUAAUGGCAGUGUUUGUGAUGGCAGUGACUCCACGCUCUACAGGCAGAGUGAAGGUCACGGAUCUGCUUCUCCACGGCCUCCAAUCAUUCAGAGGGGAAAACGGUCUGAGAUUCAGGCUGAGUAUGAGUUUGUAUGGCCUCAGAGUAGUGAGUUUCCUUCCCCUACCUCAACACAAAACACACACACAACGCAGCAUUCACACUCCACCUCUCAGCACGGCGCAGUAGCACAGACCGACAGUACCAGCUCCUAUCCGCUGUGGAAGUCAAGAUCAGCAUUCUCUUUGACAAGUGACGAUUCUCCAGAGAAGGGCCCUGAGGUGGGCAUGGCCCCAGGGGUCCCGGACAGCACUGAAGUAGAGACCGCUUUCCAGAACUACUCUUCACUCAGGAGGGAGUCCAGAGCAUCAUCACUUCCUGGGUGGAAGAGUGUUGACCGCCUGGACAACUCAAGUGCGUCUUCAGUCCUGCAAUCCCCUGAUGGUAACUGGAUCGCCCUGCAGAGCUCCCAGCAUUCCCGACCUGGUCUGCUGACCAAGCGCAAGAGUCUUGUUUUCAGCGUGCUGGAGAAAGAAUCAGGCGUUGUGUCCGCGUAUGAUGAGAUGGGCUCUGAUUCAGAUCCAGAGGACCAGGGGGGCUGGGGGGCUGCCCUGUUACAGUUUCGCAGACGUCUCUCCGAUGAAACGUACUAUACUGACUCUCAACACGACCCUGAAUGGACAUACACCCAACACCCACCCGUCACCUCACCUUCCUCAGGUCAGUACACCAACACGGAGACUCUGAACUCAGACUCGGAGACGUCUCCUGCCCCGUCCGCUCGAGCCCGCAGACCAGCCCAUGGUAUGACGCAGAAGAAGAAGGGGCCGCCUGAAGCACACCUGUAUCCACCCUACAGACAUCCCGCAAACAGUGCCACUUCGCCUCUACUGAGGCCAGAGGUGCUGGAUGUGAACUUUAACCCCCAUCUGGGAGGGGACAGCAGUGACGGGGAGGAGCAGAGCGAGCAGGUUAAAAGAUCACGGAGGCGCAAAAAGAGCAAACGCGAGACACCAGAGCACAGCCGAGCACAUAAUGCGCUUUACAGCGCUGCCACGGCGGAGAACAGUGCUGUCCUCCUCAACGCCAUGAUGAUGCGCCGGCAACAGAGCCAGGAGAGCCCAGUCCCCCUGAAUUACCAGACUCCAGACACUGUGACCCCUCCUGACCUUUUGACCUCUGAUGCCAUGACCCCUGAACCUGACUAUCAGAACACAGUGGCUCACAACUCUAGUGCCGCUAGCCCACCAAUGCUGAGCCAACCGGGGGCCAGCAAACCAGAGUUAAGCAUUCAGGGCCCUUUGCUCAGGGGCUCCUCUGUUAAUGAAACCCUGGAACAGGAACUGAGAUCCAAACUCUGUGAGCUGGUUGGCCAAGUCAACGAGAGGGAUGUGAUGUUAUCUGAUUUUGAGUCAAUCAGGGAAGUGGGCAACAAGCAAGAGGACAGGGUAAGGGAGAAAGAAACUGAGAAACUGAGACCAAAGGAGAGACGUGAGAGCAAACGAGACAAGGGGGAAGGAAAGUCGAAGGACAUUGGGAAUCCGAGUGAAAGGCAAACAGUUAGAAAGAUGGACACAAGUGAUGCAGUAAGACAGAUAAAUAUAGCGAGAGAAAUGAAGAAAGAUAGAGAGCGACAGAAAGAAAUUGAAAGACAAGUAGAGAGAGAGCGAGAGAGACAAAGAGAGCUGGAGAAACAAAUUGAGAGGGACAGAGAAAGACAACGAGAGAUUGAGAUCCAGGUUGAGAGGAAACAGGAAAGACAGAGACAAAUGGAAAUACAGCUGAAACAAGAGCAAGAGAGACAAUCAGAGAUUGAGCAAGAGAUAGAAAAGAAAAGGAAAAGCAUACGCAUGGAAAAAGAGAAAUUGGAGUCUAUAGUGACUAUGGAAUUCAAGGAGGAAGAGAAACAGGAAUCCUCAGGUAGAAUAUUGGAGCGAAAUAAGAGUUUGAAGGAAGAUUAUGAUGAAACAGAGAAGAAUGAGGAAAAGGUGAAGAGAAUAUCACCACAAAGAAGCCACUCAGAGACAGGGUCAGAAAAACAAGAACAACUUGAGACAAAGACAACAAGGUCUUCAACCACGUCUCCAGACAGUGCCCCCUGUGGUCUGGAGGAGCCAAUGUCUCCAUCAGAGGUAAGCACGAGCUCCGGCCUGUUCCACUAAAAGUUCCUACUUCACCUAGACUUUGUUUU